AUGAGCAGGUGCAUCAGAAGUACUGGCCAUGCCUUUGUCCCCGAACGUGGUGGGCAGAACACCCACGUCAGCCCUGCACGUCUCUGUGAGCCCCUGGGACCCCCCACGGGACUCACCUACACACGACUGCCCAUCAUCCGCUGCCCGCAGGCCGUCAGCUCCCCAGAGACCCAAAAAGCUUCCGAGAUUGCUCUGCCACCUGGAAGUGACAUUACGGUUCUCAUAAAGCCUGGGACCCCAGCUCUGCCGUUGAAGCCCUGUUACAUCAUCCAUAAUAAAAGACAGUUAACCACAUUGAUCAUCAGAUCAGGAGAAAAGGUGAACUUUUCCUUUAACUGUCAGAACCCAGAGAAGCACUUUGUCAUCGAGACCCAGAAGAGUAUUGACUGCAUGUCAGGCCCGUGUCCUUUCGGGGAGGUUGCGCUUCAGCCCUCAACGUCGGUGCUGCCCACCCUCAACAGAACUUUCAUCUGGGACGUCAGAGCUCACAAGAGCAUUGGCCUCGAGCUGCAGUUCUCAGUCCCUCGCCUGAGGCAGGUGGCGCCGGGCGUGAGCUGCCCAGAUGGAGUCACGUACACCAUCAGCGGCCGCAUCGACGCCACCGUGGUCAGGAUCGGGACCUUCUGCAGCAACGGCACCGUGUCCCGCAUCAAAAUGCAAGAAGGCGUGAAGAUGGCCUUGCACUUGCCAUGGUUCCACAAAAGAAACUUCUCUGGCUUCAGCAUCGCAAACCGGUCUUCUAUAAAACGACUGUGCAUCAUCGAAUCUGUGUUUGAAGAUGAAGGUUCCGCCACCCUGAUGUCUGCCAACUACCCCGAUGGCUUCCCCGAGGACGAGCUCAUGACCUGGCAAUUUGUGGUUCCCCCGCACCUGCGGGCCAGCGUCUCCUUCCUUCACUUCAACGUCUCCAACUGCGAGAAGAAGGAGGAGCGGGUGGAGUACUACAUCCCGGGCUCCACCACCAACCCCGAGGUGUUCAAGCUCGGGGACAAGCAGCCCGGGAACAUGGCUGGGAACUUCAACCUCUCUCUCCAGGGCUGUGACCAAGACGCCCAAAACCCAGGGGUCCUCCGACUGCAGUUUCAAGUUUUGGUCCAACAUCCACAAAAUGAAAGCAAUAAAAUCUACGUGGUCGACUUGAGCAACGAGCAAGCCAUGUCGCUCACCAUCGAGCCACGGCCCAUCAGGCUCAGCCGCAAGUUUGUCCCCGGCUGCUUCGUGUGUCUGGAGUCUCGGACCUGCAGCACCAACCUCACCCUGACCUCUGGCUCCAAACACAGGAUCUCCUUCCUUUGUGAUAACCUGACCCGCCUGUGGGUUAACGCUGAGAAGACCAUAAGCUGCAUGGACCAGCGGUACUGCUACAAAAGGUCCUACUCCCUCCAGGUGCCCGGGGACAUCCUCCAGCUCCCUGUGCAGCUGCACGACUUCUCCUGGAAGGUGCUGGUGCCCAAGGACAGGCUCAGCCUGGCCCUGCUGCCUGCCCAGAAGCUGCAGCAGCACACGUCCGAGAAGGCCUGCAACACCAGCUUCAGCUACCUGGUGGCCAGCACGGUCCCCGGCCAGGACCUUUACUUCGGCUCCUUCUGCCCCGGCGGCUCCAUCCGGCAGAUCCAGGUGAAGCAGAACAUCUCCGUGACCCUCCGCACCUUCGCCCCCGGCUUCCAACAGGAGGCUUCCAGGCAGGGCCUGACCGUGUCCUUUAUUCCAUACUUCAAAGAGGAAGGCGUUUUCACGGUGACCCCAGACACAAAAAGCAAGGUCUACCUAAGAAGCCCUAACUGGGACCAGGGCCUGCCAUCCCUCACCUCCGUGUCCUGGAACAUCACCGUGCCGAGCGGCCAGGUAGCCUGCCUGACCUUCCUCAAGGAGCGGACCGGCGUUGUCUGCCAGACGGGUCGUGCAUUCAUGAUCAUCCAGGAGCAGCGGACCAGGGCCGAGGAGGUCUUCAGCCUGGAGGACGAGGUGCUCCCCAAGCCCAGCUUCCACCACCACAGCUUCUGGGUCAACAUCUCCAACUGCAGCCCUGUGAGUGGCAAGCAACUGGACCUGUUCUUCUGGGUGUUGCUUACCCCCAGGACUAUAGACCUGACUGUCAUCGUCUCCGUGAUCGUGGGAGGUGCCGCCUUGCUGCUGGUAGCCCUCGGACUCAUCAUUUGCCUUGUGAGAAAGAAUAGGAAGAAGAAGACGACGAGCAAAGGGCUAUCUGUAGGCGUCUACAAUGGCAACGUCAACACCCAGAUGCCGAUGCAGCCAAAAAAGUUUCCGAAAGGACGAAAGGACAGUGACUCUCACGAGUACGCCGUCAUCGAUGACACCAUGGUGUACGGCCAUCUGUUGCAGGAUUCCAACGGCUCCUUCCAGCGGCCGGAGGUGGACACCUACCGGCCCUUCCUGGGCCCCAUGGGGGACUGCCCUCCCUCCCCUCCCCUCACAGGCUCCAGGGCCCCAACUGCAAAGCUGACCACAGAUCAGCCAUCCUCCAGCGUCCCUGCUGAAUCUGAGAGUGAGCCAUAUACCUUCUCCCACCCCAACAACGGGAACACAGACAUUCCCUUGCUGGACACUCACAAGCCCUCAGAGCCUGAGGAGUAACUCGGACCCGUCCCAAAGACUCUUGCUUAAAGCGGGACACUGAGGCACCCUUUAGGGGUUUCCAGAAUCCAAAAGAGGAAUUAUAUGGAAGGGACAGCAGGAAGUUUUCCUGGAUGCCACCAACCUCUGAUUUCCAAGUGGAUUUUUUCCGACAGUGGGACAUUGAAAGUGAUGAAUUCCGAUCUGGAUACAGUCGUCACAGUCCCUGUCCUUCGGAAGACAGAUUAGGUUGGAAUCCAGCCUGUAAUCAGGGCAGGGGGGCUGUGAGUCUCCCCAUACACGGUUGCAAUGAGCUCUGGAUCUGGAUUUGGAACACUUCGGGGUGACAGCUCCCAUCCCUAAGAACCCACCCGAGGUCGCUGCUCCCUCCGGAGCCCCCCCGGAUGAAAAUGACGAUGUGCCUUAUUACUAUUAUUUAUUUGGUGGUCCUGUGUAUGUAAGAAGUCGGAUGUAUGACCAUGCAGCUCUUUUCCCCUGACGUAGUGACGUCUCAGGCUCACGGGUGGGGUGGCUGGGUUUUGACUUCUCCCGACCGCUAGAUAAACAUGUGCCUGGCCCCGGGAAGGUGGGAAUGGUUGGCGAUCUGUCCAGCCAGAAAAGGGUGUGCGUGUCCGAGGGCGCUGACACGUCCCUGCUUUGAUAAGAGACUUCUUGGCUCUCUUGGUCUCCUCGUGGCUAGCCGACUUCACAGCUUCAUGUCGGGCCACACCAUCCUGCAAUCCUAGAAGGAGGAGAAAUUUCCUUGAAUUGCUGUGUGUGACUGUCCCAACCCCAGCCACACUUUGGCAUUUAAACAGAAAGGCAGAGAGUAUUAGGGUCCUCUAAAAGUGUUUUAAAGUGCACCGGCGAUUGGCCCCUGGAUUCCUUUCCUAUUGCUACUGUGACCCAUUAUCUCAAACACAGCGGCUUAAAACAACCCUAAUUUCGUAGCUUUACGCUUCCGGAGGAGAGAAGGACAAGAUGGAUCUCACGGGGCUCCCAUCAGGCUGUAGCCCCUGCUUGAGGCUCCUUGCCUGGUCGAGCUUCUAGAGACUGCUCACAGGCCUCACCUCCAAUGGGGCUGGUCACAUCGUGGCAGCCGCACUCUCACCAGCAGGGUGACACUGAUUCCCCUCUUUCCUUCUUUCAAUAAGGACGUUUCACUUAGAAAGCCCAGCCCCCCAGAUAAUCCAGCAUCACCUUCCCUCGUGGAGAUCUUUAAUUUAAUCACACUGCAAAGUCCCUUUGGCCGUGUCAGGUACCAUAUCCACAGGUUCCAGGGGAUUAGGACUCUUUGGGGAGUCAUUAUUCUGCCUGUCACACCCUCCUGCCCGUGCAGGACAGUCUGAAAUGACCCCGCCCACCAGUGUGUUUUUUUUGGCCUAAGAAUCUUUUUUUUUUAAGAGUUAGUUACUGACAUUUAAAAUUGUAAAAUUUUUGUAUAAAUAUCCAGAUGGGGACAUCUGGCUGGGCUGGGGGACUUAAACGUCACCGAGCAGCCACUGGCUAGAGCUGGGAAGCAGCUCACUUUUAGGUGGGGCGCCUGGUCUCCCGGUCACCCCAGCCCCUGCUCCCCUCCCCACACUCCUUCUCCUCCCUCCCUCACUGGUGCUGAGUCUGCAGCUACUGGUUCGUGCUCCCCCCGCCCCGCAGAGCUGCUUUGCUUAUAAUGAAAUGGAAAGUUCAGGCCCUAGAUCUCUCAUCGAAUGAGAAGACAGGCCUCCAGGCUGGUGUGUGUUUCAGGAAAGGCUUUUCCUACGACAGCUUCCCGGCCUCAGUCAUGCCAAUGACAAGCCCAGCUCCUGUGGCUGUUUGCCUCUGUAGCCCCUGCCCUCCUCUGGGAGGAGAGGGGUGGCGUCCGCACCGUCCAAAGGUCGGUGUUUCGGUGGCAAAACCUCCUUUAAAGAUAAACAGGCUUCAUGGUGUUCAGUGAAUUCACCUGGGAAGCGCCCCGCCCAGACUCGUUCCUGGACCCCUUGGCCUUCCUGAGAAGGAGUUGUGCAACCUCCCAACCGGUGAGUCUUCCGAGGCCUCCUGGACUCUCUCCAGAAGGAAGAGUUUGUUGUUUUAGUUAUGACCUGGGCGCUGCCCCGGCACCUUCCCUUCUGAAAGGCGGGCCCCUGCCCCGUUACCGUCGGCCUCUUGGCCGGAGAUUCAGGCAGCCUCGCCCAUGAAGGGCCAGAGGAGGGCUUCCUGCCCACAGCUGAAGUUGGAUCAUUACUUAAAGUUGGGCUGUUGGAGCCCCUCCUCCACCUUCUGGCCUCCCCGACCUCCUGGGCUCUGCAGAAGUGCCCUCAGUCCACGCUCUGUAGCCACGAAAUGUGGCCGGCCACCUUUAUGUACAAGGGCCCCGUGUGGCCACGUUCUUUUAACUGACAGCUCAAAACCCCAGGCUCAGGUGCCAUCUUCCAGAAACCUCAGCUGAAUUUAAGGUUUCCCAAAGCUUUGCCUCCUCCUCAGAGGUGCCAGCCCAACUCACCCCUGGCUCUUUGCUUGAAAGCGCAGACCCCCCACUUCCGUAAAAUACUUCAGGGUCACUGGAAAGCAGUCGGACACGUUUGCUGAUGCCUCGUGUGCUCUGGCACAGUGCCCUCCCCGUCGGGGCUGCCUCCAUGCCCAGCUGCUGGGCUCGUGAGGAAGCCCGGCUCGUCCAGGCCUGGGCUCUAGUGCCGGGGUCGUUCUGCACAGGAGGGGGAAGUCCCAGGAAGGGCCAAGGGGGAAAAGCAUGUGUCCGUGGGAUGGAACCUUGGUCAAGGUUAGAGAACUGGUUUGUGUGGACCUGUAUUGCUUAACUGGGAAUAAUUUAUUUUGUUGUAGAUACUUUUUAGGUACCGUUUUGUUCAUUUCCUACACUUUUUUAAUAAACAAUGUACAGGAAAGAAAAA